GACACUGAAAACACAGUUAAACUUCAAAGUGAUUAAUAAUAAGUAUUACCUUAAGUUAAUAAUUUUUUUUCAAACAAAAUGUGCACUGUAAAUAAAAAUAAUGGGGAAAUUGAAAUACACAGGUUACCAGUGAAUUCUGAAGAGUAUACAAUAAAUGACUGGACGAUGAAAUUUACAAAAUCUCAUAUUCUUCAUUCAAUUUGUACAAAUAAUGAUGCAUGCAACUCUAAACCUGAAGAACGAUGUCUACUUUGUUUAUAUAAUAAUGAACUUGAACUACCUCAUUUGCCCGAAAUGGUAUUUCCAAAUAAUCGUUUAACAGUUUGUCACAAAUCAGGUCUCACCUUAGAUUUUAAUGCAUUGGAUGCGUUAAAACAAGUUAGUAAUGGGAAACAAUAUAUACAGGUAGCUCAUUCGGAUACAUGGAAGGAAUCCAGAUCCGCAGAAAAUUUGGAGGAAAAAAUUAAACCAUUUGAUUGGACUUUUAGCUCCAAUUAUAGAGGAGGCCUGUCAAAUGUGCAUACUAUUACUGAAACGGAAGAGAGAAUUGAUAUUGAGAGAUUAAAACAGAAAGAAAAAAUUUUAUUUUAUCAGGAACUAAUGUUGUACGAAGAUGAAUUACAUGACAACGGUAUUUCGUCGUGUACAGUUAAAAUUAGGGUGAUGCCGAGCUCAUUUUUCAUUCUGUUAAGAUUUUUUUUGAGAGUAGACAAUGUGAUGGUACGAGUAAAUGAUACAAGAUUGUUUCACGAUUUUACGACAAACUAUUUACUACGCGAAUAUACCAAUAAGGAAUGCGGGAUAAAAGAAUUGAAUUUACCUUUGACUAUGUUUGGUGAUCCAAAUUUAUUGUCACCACAUAUACCUUUAAGAGAAUCCAUAUAUGAAAAAAUUAUAUUUCCAUCAAUUUAAUCAUGCAUUCAAUUAUAAAUUGAUUUUUAUUUGUAUUUUUUAUCAAUAAACUAUACUUCUUUUAAA